CGCGGUGAUGUGGAGCUCGGUGCGCCCCCGGCCGAGUGUGUGUGAGCCGGUGUCCGGUGUGCGGUGUCGGGUGUCGCCGGUCGGAGGCUGUGUGUGCUGCGCCGCAGCCGAGCAAGACUCGCUAACAGCAGUCUAUUAACAGCAGCACCAGAGUCAGUGAGCUCACCCAGCCAGUCGUGAGGAUGGCUCAGGCAGAGGAGCAGCCAUCUGAAAGGGAGAGCAGUCCCCAAAUGGACUCCCUGAGGUCAGAGACAUCAGUGAGCCACUCAGAGGAAGGAGAAGGGGGACACUCUAUAAGGAGGAAGAAGAGGAAGAAGAGAGACCCACGUCCAGAGUCUAUCAUCGUCUACCGCUCUGAAAUGGAAAGGGCACCCGGAGAGGAUCAAGGUGGCGAGGAGGGUCCUGAGCGGGGUGCAGAGGAGGGCGCUACAUUUCUUUGCACACCAACAGGCGAAGGAGGAAGCUGGAGCCUACCUCCAGACAGCCGAUAUGUGACUCUGACCGGCACCAUUACCCGGGGUAAGAAGAAAGGUCAGAUGGUGGACAUCCAUGUCACGAUGACAGAAAAGGAGCUCAGGGACCUGGCCAAGUCAAAAGAGCGUCUGGACGCUGAGUGUGAAGCAGGGGCAGGUUCCACCCGCAGCUGCAGCUUGGGUUUCUGCCAGGGGCCCCACAUUGUCCUCUGGAGCCUCUCCUGUGCUCCUGUGGUAUUUGUCCUCUCUUUCAUCACCUCUUUCUACUAUGGCACGCUCACUUGGUACAACGUCUUCCUGGUGUACAACGAGGAACGGACGUUUUGGCACAAAAUCACCGUGUGCCCCUUCCUCAUCAUUUUCUACCCCAUGCUCAUCAUGCCCAUGGCGUUGUCACUGGCACUGUACUCUGCUGUGGUGCAGGUGUCCUGGGCUUUCAGCGAGUGGUGGCAGUCAGUGAGAGAUCUGGAAAAAGGCUUCUGUGGCUGGGCCUGCGGGAAGCUAGGGCUGGAAGAUUGUUCCCCUUAUAGUAUAGUGGAAUUGCUGGAUUCUGAUACCAUCUCUGGGACUCUGCAGAGCAAGGCCCCCAGUGAACUCGCUCAGACAUCAUCGGUAUGAGACAAAGCGAUGUGAGGUUAUUCAAAAACAAGACCUUUAGUUAGAAAUGCUUUCUGUGGCUUAUUUGAUGUUACUUUCAGUCAGUGUUAGAUGAGUGGGUUUUGCUGCAUCGGCUCACAACAAAGUGCUGGCCAGUUAAACAAUCACAAGGAAGCAUUUGAAAGUAUUUUCACUAUGCUUUUUGUGUUUGAAAUACUUACCUUGCAUUUUCUGAACUGUCCUUAUGAGGUAAACUUGAUCCAUGGUCCUUCUAAGAAUAUUAAAAUAUUACAGGACAUUUUAUUUGAAAUUUUGAGACAGAUUUGCAUGGAUCAAACUUCUUCAGACAGAGAAUAUUUAUUAUGACCAGUCAUUGAGACCAACCCGGUCAACAACCGGUGAGACACCAGGACACAGACACGGUUCAUGAUGGUGGUUGAGGGCUCAAGAGCCAUUUUAUUUAAAAACAAAAGUUAAA